AUGCUUGGAUCGUUUCUAUCGAGUUGUCCCGAUGCCGCGGACGAAUUCCAAGGCGAUAUGGACCGUCGCUUCCAGAAGAGCCCGGAAUACCAGAGCCCCGUCAUGCAGAGAGCCAUCUUCACGCUGAAGGAAAACUUUGUCAAAGUGACAAAGAAUAUGAGCGCCCUUCUCGCGAACAACCUCGCAAGAUUCAUUUUGUACGAGAUGAGUGAUCUGAGGUCAAGCACUGUGGCGCACAUCAGCCUCUGUUCAGUCUACAAAUCCGUGUCGAGUGAAUCACGGGGAACCAACAGAAUCAACUACCCAUCUUGGUUCUUCCUUGCCUGCUUGUCCUCGUCUUGGGGUGUCAAGUUCCCCGCUGAUCAGGUCAUCUACCCGACCAACAAGAGCGUGGAGGAGCAGGAAAUUCUUUUCAUCGCAGAGUCUGUCCCUGCUACCAACGAUGAGUCCAGAGUCAAAGCCGAAAUCAAGUCUGAGACCAAGAACAACAGCUCUAACGAGCUUGCCCACGCUCUAUCAACCGAGGCUCCGGCUCUCACUCGCACUCCUAAAGGCUCGAACAUGGAGAAGAGACUGGCCGAUAUAGAGAAGCAGCUUCUUAGCAUGAGGAAAGAACAGAAAAGGAAGUUUGAAUCACUGGAAGCGAAGUUGGACUCCAUUUACGAGAUGAACAAGUCGCGCAAGGCCGAAAAGGAGAAGACCGAGUUGGACAGUGAGGAAGCCGAGACCGACCUCGCAUCCUAUGAAAUGGUGGCUCACGACGUCAAGGCCAGUGAUGGUGCUGUCAAGCAUGAAGUCAUUGAACUGGAAUAA